CCUUCAGCCUGAUCACCGGCCGCGGACGGACCGACAGAAACAGCAGCACCGGCGUUACUCGGCUGUCAUCUGACAUUAAACCGCUGCCUACGAUGGUCAUGCCGGGUAUAAUUAGGCAGCAGGUAUCAGUUUCGACAUAGGGACGUAGCCAGAACCAUAGAGUCUGGUUCGGAGUGUCCGUCAGCAGCAUCGCGGCGGUUCUCCGCCGCGGCCACUCUGACAGGUAUGUGUUCCUCCGCCGCGAGAGAUAGUUCCGCCAAGAAGAAGCACGUCCGCUUCGCCCGCAUGGAGGACGAGGACGAGCCCGGGGACCGGGAGGAGGACACGCUCUUUGACCGCAGGAAGGACGCCGGCCGGGGGCUGCGGAGCGCCCUGAAGGCCGUGGAGAGGAGCGGGGGAGCGGGGCCGGAGCCCCGGGUGGAGGUGGCGGGCCGGGGCCCCCCGGGGGGCCGGGGGACGGUCCCCGGGGCCGGGGGCCGCUGGACGGUCACCGCGGUGCUCUGCGGAUCCUUCCUGGGCUUGGGGAUGAGCAUCUCGGUUCUGGGGCCCACGUUCCAGGAUCUGGCCGUGAACGUCAACAAGAACAUCAGCAACAUCUCCUACAUCUUCGUGGGCCGCUCGGCGGGAUACAUCGGGGGGUCUCUGCUGGGGGGGCUCCUGUUUGACUGCAUGAACCCCCACCUGCUGCUAGGCUCCUCCAUGCUGGUCUCAUCGUUAGGGAUGUACGCCAUCCCCUUCUGCAGGCAGGCCGUGGUCCUCACCGGGUUCAUGUCCAGCAUCGGGAUGUCCAUGGGGGCCCUGGACACGGGCGGGAACGUGCUGAUCCUGAGCACCUGGGGGGAGCAGGCCGGCCCCCACAUGCAGGCCCUCCACUUCAGCUUCGCCGCCGGUGCCUUCGUGUCUCCCAUCAUCGCCAAGCUGCUGUUCGGGCCCGGCAGCAACGCCAGUGCGGCGGCGCCGCCGCCCAACGCCACACUCCUGCGCUACGUCCACGGCCGCGGCGGCGGCCUCCGGUCCAUGUGGGCCUACGUGGUCAUCGGCUCCUUCCUCUUCCUCCUCUCCUUCCUCUUCUUCCUGCUGUACGCCCGUGGCGGCGCGGCGCGCCAGAGGCCCCGCGGUGCGCCGGGGAAGCCGGCGGCGGCCAAACACCACACAGCUCUCGUGGCCCUGCUCUUCUUCUUCUUCUUCGCCUACGUGGGCGCGGAGGUGGCGUACGGCUCCUUCAUCUUCACCUUCGCCAAGGACUACGCCGGCCUGCCCCCGGCGCAGGCGGCCGGCCUCAACUCGCUGUUCUGGGGCAGCUUCGCCGCCGUGCGGGGGCUGGCCAUCUUGUUUGCGGCCUGCAUCUACCCCGGGACCAUGAUCCUGCUGUGCCUGCUGGGCUCCACCCUCUCCUCCCUGCUGCUCUGCCUCUUCAGCAGCCAGGUGGGGGCGCUGUGGGCCUGCACCGGCCUGUACGGGGCGUCCAUGGCCGCCACCUUCCCCAGCGGCAUCUCCUGGCUGGAGCAGUACACGCCGGUGACGGGCCGCACGGCGGCGGCGCUGGUGGUGGGCGCGGCGCUGGGGGAGAUGGUGCUGCCGGCGCUGCUGGGCCUCCUGCUGGGCCGGCUCCGCCAGCAGCCGCUGCUGCCGUACCUGGCGCUGCUCACCUCCGCCUUCACCGCCAUCCUCUUCCCCGUCAUGUACAAGCUGGCGUCGGCGCCCGGCGGGCCGGGCGGGAGGCCCCGCGGGCGAGGGAGGGGGCGGGGCGCCGCCGAUGACAGCGAGUACCGGCAGGCGCUGCUAGAGGAGGAGGAGGAGGAGGAAGAGGAGGAGGAGGAGGAGGAAGAGGAGCGGGACGACGAGGCGGAUCAGUGGAACGACGCAGACUUCGAGGUGAUUGAGAUGGACGACGCCUCCAGCCUGGUCAGCUCCCCCCUCAGGGCCCCGCCCCCCGACCUGGCUGCCCCCGGGGGGUCCUCUGCUGCCCCUGCAGGCGGGGAGGCCACGGCGGGAGAUUCUCCCAAACGCAGAGAGAAGAAGGACUGAGCAGCGGCUCAGCGCUCCGCUUUACGGGGCCGUAAACGCAGCACGGACAACCCCCCGCCUGGACGCAGCAGACCCUGAACCAAAGAGCUGUCCGGCUAGCACUGCCGUCCAAAUCCCAGUGCCUUGCACGAGGACACGUGAGCAAGGCAGAGUCGUCCUCCUCACCGCCCCCCCACCCGGACCGUUAGGUGUCAUGUGACGUUGCAGCUGUUUGAUGACGUGAAGUGCAAUUUUUUGUCAUGUUCUGUAACGUGUCGUCGCUGGUGACCGGCUCCGCCCCCUCCUCCCGGCCACCGGCCCGGGGCUCCGCCCCCUCCUCCCGGCCACCGGCCCCGGGGCUCCGCCCCCUCCUCCCGGCCACCGGCCCGGGGCUCCGCCCCCUCCUCCCGGCCACCGGCCCGGGGUUGAUGACUCAUGAGGAGGAAACUCCUCCGUCUCGGGGAGGUCAGCUACCCGGCACUCUGGGAUCCGGGUGGUUGAUCCGGGUGGUUGAUCCGGGUGGUUGAUCCGGGUUCCUUCAGGCUGCACUGACUGGACCGAAGGUUCAGGUCCGAUCCAUGAAGUACCUGAGCAGAACCUGGCUGCAGGAACUGCUGCUACAUGCACUCACCUGUUGGUCUCUUUUGUAUUUAUAAACGUGCAGCUCCUCCAGUGAUGGUGAUAAGACCCGUCCACAUCCAGUACAAAAAUAAAACAACCAUUAUUGCAGAAUUCUGGGCGUGUUUUUGAGUGACAGCUGCUGUGUGGUGUCCAACGUUUGGCUGUG